AUGCCUGACCCCACCACCAAACCCCCCUCGCCACGGCCCCGCCGCCGCCGCAGGCUCUGCGGCCUCUGCCUCGGCACCGCGCUCCUCGCGCUCCUCGUCUCCGCGCUCGUCCACGUCGUCGCCCCGCCGCCGCGUCCCGCCCCCGCCUCCGCCUCCGCGCUCUUCUCCGUCUUCAUAGACGGAGGCAGCACGGGCACCCGUGCCCACGUCUUCGCCACGGGGCGCGACGGCCGCCCGGAUCUGGCGCGCUCCACCGUGAUGCGCGUCUCCCCGGGCCUCUCGUCCUUCGCCGCCGACCCGGCGCGGGCCGGGGAGUCUCUGAAACCGCUGAUAGAUUUCGCGAGGGAUGAGAUUGGCGGCGCGGGCGGCGCCGCUGGGGAGGCGGAGGUGCGGCUCAUGGCCACCGCAGGGCUGCGCCUGCUCGAGGAGCGCGCCCAGGAGGCGAUCUUGGCGUCUUGCAGGGACGUACUACGAGCCUCUGGGUUCCGGUUCGAGGACGCGUGGGCCAAGGUGAUCCCAGGCUCGGAUGAAGGUAUCUAUGCUUGGGUUGCGGCAAAUUAUGCUCUUGGCAGACUUGGAGGGGAUCCUAACAAAACCGUUGGAAUAAUUGAACUUGGGGGCGCUUCAGCUCAGCUUACCUUUGUUUCUGAUGAAGUACUUCCACCCGAACUGUCAUAUAAUUAUACUUUUGGUGAAAGAACAUACACUCUCUAUACCAACAGCUUUUUAAACUUUGGUCAAAAUGCAGCUCAAGACUCGUUCCAUGAAAUGCUGAGGUCAAGAGGCUCUUCCAAAAAUGGUACACUUGCUGAUCCUUGUGCUCCCAGAGGAUAUUCACACAAUGAAGAAGUGAUGGUGAGGAUGAGCGGUGCUUCAAGGUCGACAUUAGAGAACCAAUAUGUUGAUAAUGGGACUGGAAACUUUACGGAGUGCAUAUCUUCUUCGCUGCUGUUACUGCAAAAAGGAAAGGAAAAGUGCCAGUAUCAACAUUGUCACCUGGGAUCUACUUUCGUACCUGAGCUGCGUGGAUACUUCUUGGCAACUGAAAAUUUCUAUUUUACUUCAAAGUUCUUUGGACUUAAGAAGUCUUCAUCACUAUCUGAUUUUAUGUUUGCUGGAGAACAAUUUUGCAAUCAGGAUUUGUCCACCCUUAGAAAAAAGUAUCCUAAUAGGUCAGAUGAACAUUUUUCACGGUAUUGCUUCUCGAUGGCAUAUAUUGUGGCUCUACUGCAUGACAGUCUUGGUGUACCACUGGAUGAUAAGAGGAUUGAGUAUUCAAACCAGGUUGGAGACAUUCAGGUUGAAUGGGCUCUAGGAGCUUUCAUCACACUGACGCAAAAUACAAGUUUAAAGCCAUUACACACCGCUGCAGAAUCAACCCAUAGCAAUAGACCAUUGUUUGCUUUGCUGGGAAUGUUUCUUUUAUGUGGAGUACUUUUUGUAUCAAGAUGGAGGAAGCCCAAGACGAAAAUCAUAUACGACUUAGAAAAAGGCCGAUACAUCAUAACACGCAUCAGCUGA